AUGAAGAUGAAAAAGAAGCUUUCUCUUCAAAGAAGGUGGAGGAAGCAAUCGACCAAACAAUUAAAGGAUAUAGCUCCAGUAUCUGCUAAGCAAUUCCAUCAGAUUGUCAUCAGCCAAGGAGGAGAAUCACAGGAGAAUAUCAUGCCAAGAACAGGACUGCAAUUGAUGUUGCACAAAGUCUAA